GACUAUCAUUCCAUUAGUGAAGAUAGGUUGAUUUGUGAAUUAUCAGUCGAUUAUUUUGAAGAAUACUAUCAUGGUUUGUGGUUUUGUUUGUGGCUUGCAUUCUCCUGUAGUUGUUGGAGUUCACAGAGAAAAGGCAGUUUCAAUAUGUAAACGAACUACAUUCUUAUUUGGUUCAAAGCAGGUCAGCUUUUAUGGGAACACUUUUCAGAAACCAAUACUUCAAAAGUCGCUACCAAGGCAGAUAAACCUCAUGAUGAUAAUAUCUAACGGAUCAAGGUUUCCUGAAGAUGUUACUUUUACAACGUUGCAAGAAGGUCAAGUAAAGGAGAUGAAAGCUUCAGAAAUUUUUAAUGGGAAGAAAGUAGUGAUAUUUGGUGUUCCAGGAGCCUUUACUCCGUCUUGUUCGGACAAGCAUCUUCCAGGAUUUGCGGAGAACUUUGACAAGUUCAAGGAAAAAGGAAUAGACACAGUUAUUUGUUUGGCCGCCAACGACCCUUAUGUGAUGAACGCCUGGGCAAAGCAAAAAGGAGUAGACGGAAAGAUCUUGAUGCUUUCAGACGGUAGUGGAGCUGUCUUGGAGGAGUUGGGUUUGAGUGUAAACACAGGAAAUUUUGGAGGUCGGCGUGCCAGACGUUUUUCAGCUUACGUUGAGAAUGGUGUUGUUAAGAAUCUUAACUUGGAAAAUGGUACUUCAUUUACUGAAACUUCGGCAGCAGAACGAGUGUUAAGUCAAAUUGGAUGAAAAGGGGAAAUAAAAAGGAUUGUGUGAUUUCUUUUUGUCCAUUUCUUGAAAUUGGCGCCUUUUUUCUGAACCAUU